AUGGAACCGCUAAAGAAGUUCUCUGCGUCAAGCGUAGGGCCUGUCUUGAUCGUGAUCGAAGCACUGGAUGAGAGUGGUAUAUCGGAGACGCAGCGUAACCUCCUCCGCAUACUCACCGGUAAACUUAAGGACAAAGGACUUCCCCAAAUCACCGAACUCCCUUCCAACUUUCGAAUUCUCGUCACUUCUCGUCCGGAUCACGAUAUAGACAAGCAAUUUGAAGGUGCUUGUCAUAUUUUACGAUUGUCCAUGGACGAGAUUCCAGCAGCGGUGGCAGAGCGCGAUAUAUGCGCUUUUGUAUCUGACAAGCUAGAAGGGCUGUCGCGUUUUGGGGACAAAGAGUUCGCAAACCUCGCUGCAAAAGCCGAUGGACUUUUCGAGUGGGCACGUCUUGCAUGCGAGUACAUUAAGGAAGAUCUUCCCGGUGUAAACGCAAGGUCUUGCUUUGAAACUGUUAUUACCCGCGAUCCUGGGAAGUGGACAGAUAAGCUUUAUGACAUGUAUCAGCUUAUUUUGUCAGAUAUCUUGCCGCGAGAUCGUUAUCGUGAUGACGAGUACCAGGAAGCACUAGCGGGGUUUCGUUCCGUGAUGGGACAGAUACUCAGCAUGGCUGAACCCCUUCCUUUUGAUUCCCUCACCGCUUUGCGGGACUGCUUUCCAAGCCACAACAAAGAUUAUAAAGUGGACAUCAUGCAAUAUAUGGGAGCCCUCCUCAGUGGCACAUCGGGCUCACCUAUUCCUGUCCGACCCCUUCAUGCAUCCUUCCAAGAGUUUCUUACAGAAAAAUCAUCCAGCGGUGACUUUUUCGUCGAGGUCUCUAAGGCGCAACAAUGCGACCUUGCAUUUGCGUCACUACAAGUGAUGGAAAAUUGCCUUCGCUUCAAUAUCUGUGAUUUGAAGUCAUCUUACCUCCCUAAUUCUGGAGAUCCGGAGCUGCCUCAACGAGUCAAAACAUCCAUUUCACCACAUCUGUCCUAUUCCUGUCGAUAUUUGGCUGCACAUGUAUCAGCAUCGGACUUUGACUCGGAGCUUGCCAACACAAUAAAGUUAUUCGACGACGACGAGCGACUGCUCUUCUGGAUUGAGGCACUCGGCCUUCUUAAUGCAAUCAGGGGCGCAAUAAUUGUGCUUCCACUUAUUGCUCAGUGGUUGAAAGUGAGUACAUGGCUACCAGAUAACGUCGGAUGA